GGCGCGGUGCCCGCUGGCGCGCAGAGAGUGACGGGUGAGCUGCGGGGCCAGCGGUCUGGGCGCCGAGGAUGUGCGGCCGGACGUCCUGCCACCUGCCUGUGGAGGUCCUGGCCCGGGCCUGCGCCUACCGGGACCGGCAGGGCCGCCAGCGGCUCCCGGAGUGGAGGGACCCCGACCGGUACUUACCCUCGUACAACAAGAGCCCGCGGUCCAGCAGCCCGGUGCUCCUGUCCCGGCUGCACCUGGAGAAGGACGCAGACUCGUCCGAGCGGAUCAUUGCGCCCAUGCGGUGGGGCUUGGUUCCCUACUGGUUCAAAGAAGCGGAUCUUUCCAAGCUGCAGAUCAACACCAGCAACUGCCGCAGUGACACCAUAAUGGAGAAGCGGUCCUUCAAGGUGCCUCUGGUUAAGGGGAGACGCUGUGUCAUCUUAGCGGACGGAUUCUACGAGUGGCAGCGACGUCAGGCCACGAACCACCGGCAGCCCUACUUCAUCUACUUCCCGCAGAUCAAGACCGAGAAGUCCGAGCAGGUGGGUGCUGUGGCCAGCCCCGAGGACUGGAAGAAGGUCUGGGACAACUGGCGGCCGCUGACGAUGGCCGGCAUCUUUGACUGCUGGGAGCCCCCGGAGGGCGGAGACUGCCUCUAUUCCUACAGUAUCAUCACGGUGGACUCCUGCAAGGUCAUGACCGACAUCCACAACAGGAUGCCUGCCAUACUGGAUGGGGAGGAGGCAGUCUCUAAGUGGCUGGACUUUGGUGAGGUCUCAGCUCAGGAAGCUCUGAAGUUGAUCCACCCCACGGAGAACAUCGCCUUCCACCCAGUGUCGUCCAUGGUGAACAGAUCCUGGAACAACGCUCCCGAGUGUCUGCUCCCGCUCCACCUGCUGACCGGAAAGGAGCUCAAGGCGAGCGCCAGCAGCCAGAAGAUGCUGCAGUGGCUGGCCACGAAGUCACCCAAAAAGGAAGAGCCCAAAACACCCCAAAAGGCGGAGUCAGAUGUGCCCCAGUGGUCCAGCCAGUUCCUGCAGAAGAGCCCGCAAACCCCCAAGCGAGGCAGCGCUGGCCUCCUGGAGCGGUGGCUGAAGCGGGGUCAGGGGGAAGAGCCUGCGGCCAAGCGGCCUCACACGCAGUAGCACCGGCCUUCCCGAGGCCGCGGCCCGGGCGCUCGCUGCUAACUACCGCGCGACCACAGGUCGUGUGUGUGUGUGUGUGUGUGUGUGUGUGUGUGUGUGUGUGUGUGUGUGUGUCACGGCCGAGGCGCUCGGUGCUAACUACCGCGCGACCACAGGUCGUGUGUGUGUGUGUGUGUGUGUGUGUGUGUGUGUGUCACGGCCGAGGCGCUCGGUGCUAACUACCGCGCGACCACAGGUCGUGUGUGUGUGUGUGUGUGUGUGUGUGUGUGUGUGUCACGGCCGAGGCGCUCGGUGCUAACUACCGCGUGACCACAGGUCGUGUGUGUGUGUGUGUGUGUGUGUGUGUGUGUGUGUGUGUGUGUGUGUGUGUCACAGCCGAGGCGCUCGGUGCUAACUACCGCGCGACCACAGGUCGUGUGUGUGUGUGUGUGUGUGUGUGUGUGUGUCACGGCCGAGGCGCUCGGUGCUAACUACCGCGCGACCACAGGUCAUGUGUGUGUGUGUGUGUGUGUGUGUGUGUGUGUCACGGCCGAGGCGCUCGGUGCUAACUACCGCGCGACCACAGGUCGUGUGUGUGUGUGUGUGUGUGUGUGUGUGUCACGGCCGAGGCGCUCGGUGCUAACUACCGCGCGACCACAGGUCGUGUGUGUGUGUGUGUCACAGCCGAGGCGCUCGGUGCUAACUACCGCGCGACCACAGGUCGUGUGUGUGUGUGCGUGUGUCACGGCCGAGGCGCUCGGUGCUAACUACCGCGCGACCACAGGUCGUGUGUGUGUGUGUGUGUGUGUGUGUGUGUCACGGCCGAGGCGCUCGGUGCUAACUACCGCGUGAUCACAGGUCGUGUGUGUGUGUGUGUGUGUGUGUGUGCGCGCGCGUGUGUGUCACGGCCGAGGCGCUCGGUGCUAACUACCGCGUGAUCACAGGUCGUGUGUGUGUGUGUGUGUGUGCGCGCGCGUUUGUGUGUGCGCGCGUGUGUGUGUGUGUCACGGCCGAGGCGCUCGGUGCUAACUACCGCGUGAUCACAGGUCGUGUGUGUGUGUGUGUGUGUGUGUGUGUGUGUGUCACGGCCGAGGUGCUCGGUGCUAACUACCGCGUGAUCACAGGUCGUGUGUGUGGGUGUGUGCGCGAGCGCGUGUGUGUGUCACGGCCGAGGUGCUCGGUGCUAACUACCGCGUGACCACAGGUCGUGUGUGUGUGGGUGUGUGUGUGUGUGUGUGUCACGGCUGAGGUGUGUGUGUUGGGAGUUCCAAGGCUGAGGGGUGUGUGUGUGUGUGUGCACGCGUGUGUGUUGGGAGUUCCAAGGGCGAGAGGUGCUGCGCUGAAUCCUACUGUGAUCACAGGUUGCACUUGGGGUGGGAGGUUGGUGGUGGAGUGGCUCCCAUCAUAGCUCAGUGUUAGUUCAGGGUUUCCGCCUCCCGAGGCAGUGCGUGCUGGCUGUGACCGGGACUGCCGGAUGGGAUGGGCGGGCAGCCCCCAUCAGCUCCGAGAAAGGGGAGGGAGCGCUGGCCCACAGCCCUCGCCCGGUGGCUGGGUGGCCAGGUGGGCCCUCCCUCAGAGCCCGUCCCUGCUGGCGGUUCUCAGCAGACGCUGUAUUCUGCUCAGCCUGUGGGCUCUUUCAGUGUUUGGGAGUAACCUUUUUCUUUUUCUCUGAAUAAACUGUAUUUGAUAACCUGUUUAGAAAAUGCUGCCGGUGGGAGGAACUCUGAUCUGUUUCCUCCUGGCCACGGUCCCGGGGGAUGAUUUUGUCACAAGCGUGGGGGCACUGGGGUCUUUGCGGGCAAAACUGCUUUUUUGGAAACAAUAAAAAGACUUGGCAGGGGGCUCUUUAUUGAGUCUCUCUUCACUCUUAA